UGUUGUUCCAACCAAUUUGAGUCACACUUUAAGUAAAUAUUUUCCGCCUUUUGUUAAACAGAAAGCUGUAGAUAGUUGAGCCAUUUUCUGUCAGUCUAACUCAACAGCGCCGUAUGGUACAUAAUAGUUAGUACUUAACGCCAAGUAAACUAUAUUCGAUAGAGAAACCACAAACAUGCGCUAAGUUAGCUUAGACUUAAAUUUUCUACAAUUCUAAAGCAUUUUACGCAUAAUUGCAUUCGUUGAUAAACGCAAAGUUACGGCGGCUUUGAGCUUAUAAAGUAAUCAAAAUAAUUGCAGCUAUUUGACUAAUUGAAGUUUGCUGAUAUAACAACACAUUAUCGCAGAUACUCCUCAAGAAGUGUGCAUUGAAAAAAUGGAGAGACGAACAGUUGUCAUCACGGUUGAUGGGUCGCCCCACUCCCAACGAGCAUUCGAAUGGUAUGUGAAACACCUGAUGAGACCUGGAGUGGACGUGGUGUAUCUGAUCCACAUAGCAGAACAGGUGUCUCUGCCUAUGAUGAGUGCCGAUGCCCCUCUGUCCUUUCCCAAGGACGCCUGGGUGGAAAAAUUGACCGCACGCACCAAGAUGAUUGAGGAAAUAAGAGACCACUAUGAGGCCAAACUGCAAGAGUACAAACUGCACCAAUCGGGCAAGGGGGGGUUCAUCUCGGAGAACGCAAACUCUGCAUUCCCCGGUCCCCAACUAGUCGAGUUCAUCCAGAACAAAAAGGCAGAGAUUGUUGUCAUGGGGAACAGAGGUCUCGGAAAACUGAAGCGAACAUUCCUCGGAAGUGUCUCGGAUUAUGUGUUGCAUAACAGUGGAGUCGCAGUCAUGAUUGUACCCCCGACAGCCGACCGAUUUGUUCAAUGAAGACCAAAAACGAGAGACAAGUACUAAAUACAUACUAUUGAGAUAAACAGUUCUUUCAAUCGAGAUAAAUUUUGACCUAAUUUUGUUCAGUAUUCAUCAUUGACCUGUACUAUGAUUCCUUGCACUUGUAAAUUCCAAAAAUGUACCUUCUUUGUUUCGACCGAUACUGAUUUGUACACGGGUACUAAAGAUACUCCCAAUAAAUUAUUGAUUAGCACCA